GAGCUCAUCCCGUAUAAGCAUCAGGUCGGCGGCCACAACACUCUGUGGCGGUUCUCUCGCCGGGCCGUUUGUAAGCAGCUCAGCAACCGAGAGAAUGAGUUUUACGAGACAAUUGAAAGAUAUCAUCGUGAUUUGCUGCCUUUCCUCCCUCGGUAUCGCGACCGGGUGGAGUACUUCCUGCUGCUGGAAGACCUCACUGCCGGCAUGAAGCGGCCUUGCAUGAUGGACCUCAAGAUGGGGACCCGCCAAUAUGGCGUUGAAGCGUCUCCUAGUAAGCAGAGGUCUCAACAAGAAAAGUGCCGGACAACGACGUCAUAUGAGCUCGGGGUGCGCAUCUGUGGAUUGCAAGUUUGGAAUGCCAAGACGCAGACGUACGACUUCCAAGACAAGUACUUUGGUCGAAAGGUCCAGGCCGGCAAAGAGUUCCAGGCAGCUCUCACGAAGUUUCUCUACAACGGCGUUGACCUACACUCCAUUCUCCAUCACAUUCCCGUCAUUUUGCGAAAGCUUUCGCAGCUGGAGCAGAUUGUGAGCGAGCUGCGCGGCUACCGCUUCUAUGCCGCGAGUUUGCUCAUGUUCUAUGAUGGCGAUGCAAAGAAGCGGAACAAGCGCGAGAUUGACUUCAAGGUGGCCGACUUUGCCAAUAGCCUCACGCCGCUGGACAAGGUGCAGGACAAGCCGUGCCCUCCACAGCAUCCCAACCAGCCAGAUCCCGGCUUCCUCAAGGGUUUGCGCAGUCUGAGGAAGUAUUUCCUGCAGAUCCAGCGCGACACCAGAGCCGAGCUCGGGCUUGAUCCGCGCGGCUGGACUUCGUCCCAGGGCGGUGAUAUCAUGUCCCUGGAGGAUGAGGAAGAUGAAGGAAUGAUCAGUGUAUAA